CCCCGAUUCUGACACCUCCUCUUCCCAACAACUCCCUUCCUAUAGAUCUCGCCGCCCCCUUUCUCCCCAUUUCCGCACCACGCCCAGUCGCCCACGCAGCCGGCCCAAGCCCAAAAACCUUUCUCCAUCCUCUACUCUCAUCCCCACGAUGGCCGCCGCCGCCACCACGCCGCACUCCCUCCUCCUCCAGCGCGCCGCGAUCCCGGCCGCGCCGUCGAGGGCGUCCGCCGCCGCCUCUCCCGUCCGCCUCCCGGUCCGCGCCGCCAGGAUCUCGUGCGCGGCGGUGGCGGCGCCGUCCCCGGCCGCAGCCGCCGCGGCGGACGAGGUGGAGCGCGGCGUCUACAACUUCGCGGCGGGUCCCGCGACGCUCCCUCUCUCCGUGCUCAAGCGGGCGCAGGCGGAGCUGGUGGACUACCACGGCUCCGGGAUGAGCAUCAUGGAGAUGAGCCACCGCGGGAAGGAGUUCGACGCCGCCAUCAAGAAGGCCGAGUCCGACCUGCGCGCGCUCCUCGCGGUGCCCGACACCCACGCCGUGCUCUUCCUCCAGGGCGGCGCCACCACGCAGUUCGCCGCCGUCCCGCUCAACCUCUGCACGGGGCCCUCCGACCCGGCCGACUUCGUCGUGUCCGGAUCCUGGAGCGACAAGGCCUUCAAGGAGGCCAAGAAGUUCUCCGCCGCCUCCGUCGCCUGGUCGGGUAAAGACGGCAAGUACACGGCCCUCCCGCCGUUCGACGCCAUCGCCCAGAACCCCGAGGCCAGGUUCCUCCACAUCUGCUCCAACGAGACCAUCCACGGCGUCGAGUUCAAGGACUACCCGGAGCCCCGCAACAGGUCGGGCAUCCUCGUCGCCGACAUGUCCUCCAACUUCUGCUCCAAGCCCGUCGACGUCUCCCGCUUCGGCGUCAUCUACGCCGGCGCACAGAAGAACGUCGGGCCCUCCGGCGUCACCAUCGCCAUCGUGCGCAAGGACCUCAUCGGCGCCGCUCAGCCCAUCACGCCCGUCAUGCUCGACUUCAAGACGCACGCCGACAACGCCUCCCUCUACAACACCCCGCCCUGCUUCGCCAUCUACGUCUGCGGUCUCGUCUUCGAGGACCUGCUCGCGCAGGGCGGCCUCGCCGAGGUCGAGAAGAAGAACGCGCGCAAGGCCGGCGCCCUCUACGACACCAUCGAUGCCAGCGGAGGGUACUACGUCUGCCCCGUCGACAAGUCCGUGCGCUCGCACAUGAACGUGCCCUUCACCCUGGCCAAGGGCCCGGACUUCGAGAAGCAGUUCAUCGCCGAGGCGGCCAAGGAGGGCAUGGUGCAGCUCAAGGGGCACAGGUCUGUCGGCGGUGUCCGCGCCUCCAUCUACAAUGCCAUGCCGCUCGCCGGCGUCGAGAAGCUCGUCGCCUUCAUGAAGGACUUCCAAGCCAGGAACCCUUGAUUGCCUUGUGCUUAUGAUCAUUUGGUAUUGCUACUCAGUCUUUCUUCCUAGCAUAAGUGAGCUCGUGCAAGAGCUGUCUCGCGUUGCGCACUGGGAUCUAUCUGUAGUAUUAGUACCAUAACGUAACGGCUACUGUAUUUUGCAAUGUUUUUUUUCCUCUCUCGCUUUUGUUAUGUGUUCAUGGAAUUUCAUUUCUAUGUAUCACCAUUGCAGUUGUAAUGUGUUUUUGCUGGAAAUAAGGAAUAAGGUAGAUGGCCGGUUGCCUCGCCUCGAUGGAGAUCAGCUAUUCAGGAGUGACUUGUCGAAGCUUAUAUAAAACAUUAAUACGAAGGUUGCUUGGUUUUUGCCUCUUCAAAAAAAA